AGUGGAUAAACAACAAACAGACAAGUAAAGGAUCGCCCUGAGGGGAAGGGUUCAUGAAUAGACCUCUGUUUUCUUCAGCCGAUAAGCGGUAAAACCCUGCAAUUUUGACAUGUCUGAAGACCCCAGGAACGGCAGCUUCUUAUCUGCGUCAACGCCCGGUGAUCAGAAUGGGCGGCCUAGCCUUCGCAGACGCUCCAGGUCGAGUUCCUUCUUGACCCCCAGUCCAGCUCCCGACAUUCCGCGAAAGCGGAAGCGCGGGAAGGACGAGGACAGUCUGAGCGUGUGCAGUCUGGACAUGAAGGUGAGCCACAAGGCCCGAGAAGAGCCCAGUAACAAGCGAACUCGAGGCCUGUCCAGGAUCUCCUCACUAGCAUCUAUGCUGUCUCCAGUCAAGCCUGUGAAGAAGAUUGGACAGACACUGCAGAGGUCGCUGAGCUUCAGGAAGAGCACAGACGAGUCGCCGAUGACAGCGAUCAAGCCGUACCACAUCGCGCCCACCCCGACCAAGCGACGGGAGAGCCUGCUCUGGAGCGACGUAUACGCCAAGAACAUCCGCAACGAGGUACUGACUCAGCAGCAGGUCAGGCAUCAGGAGGCCAUGUUUGAGCUGCACCAAGGAGAGAAGGACAUGGUCUCAGACCUACAGAUGGUGAAGAAGACAUACUAUGAAGCGAUGCGUGUCUUCAAAAUCAUGUCUGACGAGGAACUGAACAUCAUCUUUGGCACCAUGCAGACCCUUCAACCUAUCCACCAAGACUUGGUGGUGAGACUGGAAGCUGCACGGAAGUCAGACGGCAAGAUAGACAACAUCGGACAGACCAUGAUAGACUGGAUCCCCAGUCUGAAGUGCUACGUGGACUACUGUGCUCACCAGGUGGCUGCCAAGACUCUCCUGGACAGGAAGAAACAGGACCACCGAGUACAGGACUUCUUACAGCGCUGUCUGGAGUCACCCUUCAGCCGCAAGCUUGACCUCUGGAACUUCCUAGAUGUUCCCAGAAGCAGACUUGUGAAGUACCCACUGCUGCUGAAGACCAUCCAGAAAUAUACUCCAAACCACAGUGAAGAUAAGGCCUUGCUGCAGACAGCUGUGUCGCUUGUAGAGGAUGUGAUAGCCCAGGUGGACAAGAUGACAGGAGAGUCCAACUGUCGCUUCUACAUCAGCCGACUGGAGUACCUGGACGAGAAGAACGAACACCCGCUCAUCGGGCAGUCCAAACUCCUGCUGUGUGACGGCAUCCUCAGGAACAACAGGGGGACGAAGCUGCAUGUGUUCCUGUUUGAUGAGAUCCUGGUCCUGACGCGGCCGGCCACCCGUAACGACCAGCUGUGUUACCAGGUGUACCGCCAGCCCCUCCCCCUGUCGGACCUGGUGGUGGAGGACCUGACUGACGGGGAGGUCAGGAUGGGAGGGUCCUUCCGAGGGGCUCUCAUGACUAGGGAUGGAGGGAAGCACGUGUUCCGUGUGGCGCCGUCAGACCCCACAGCCGGGCAGGCGCACACCCUACAGGCCAGCAACGAACACGACAAGAAGAACUGGCUACAGAAGCUGAGGGAAGCCAUGGUCGGGAAACGCAGGCCUCUCUCCGAGGUCAAGUGUCAACCCGACAACAGACAAGCACAGGAUCGGGAGGACACAGAAAAGGCCACUGAAAAGAAGUCGAGCACAGUCAGGAAGAUCGCCUUCAGGAGACGCACACCCCUGACUCUUGGCAAGAGUAAAGGCGAAAACCAACAGGCACCCGACUCAAAAGGAGAUGACAACAAGGAGAAAACAUCCCCAGAAGAUGUAGAGAAAGAGAAUGAUAACAAGGAAGAAGAGAAGAAGGGCGAACCAAGCAGUUUGGUGGCAAAGGGAAGCAAAGUUUGCGUUGUCGACAUCGGCUUGGUAGAAGAUGAAGAGAAGGAGGAAGUGUCUUGUGAAAGAAGUGAAGAAACCUCAGUAGUCGCUGCCGAGAAAGAUGUCUGUGUCAUCGACCUGAAUGACAGAAUAGAAGAGAAGGCUGUCGAGGCACAAGAAACGGGUGACCAAACAGAAAGAGUGGAAGAAGAUGUGAAGGAUGAAGAAAGUACAGAGGAGUCGAAGCCAGAUGACGACAGGAGAAAGACGGCAGAGUUGUGGGGGGAGCUGCCUUUCAUUGACAUGUCCGGGGAGGCUGAGGUGCAGGACGAGGAUGGGCAGGCAGGGGGAGCAGCUGAGCAGGGGAACACAGCUGCAGUGGAAGAGAUCAGCCCCAGUGUUGGUAGCGAAUCCUGCUGUCAGCCAGACUCAAACACCACCAGGACAGUUGACUCUGAGGAGUUAGUAGUACCACAGAAGCCAGGAGAUUGUUCUGCAGUGUCCUGUGAACCACGAGAGCAGGAAACACACAGUAAAGCCAGCAGGACAGUGUCUUGCACAGAGACUGAGGUGUAGAGGUCACAUAGACUCUAUGAAGAGUAAGAACCCGAUACUUCAUUGGAUCACAUUCCACAUUGAGAAAAAGUUUUUGGAGACCCUGUAAAAUUGGCAAUAUUGUCACACUUUAUUUUGUACUUUCAGUUAUACUGCAUUUUGUUUGAGAUAAACAUAAUAGCUUGUUACCUAAGCAGGGAGUCAGGUCUGGCUUGUAAGGCCUUUAGUUCUUCAUAUUUCUGUGGAAAAUGUGAGAGGAUAUUGGAACUAUAGGCUACUUGAUAAUGUACUGCUGUAUUCCAUGAAGUUUGAGAAGUGGCAUUAUAUAUAAGCAUGUUUUAGUUAUUACAGAGGCACAAUUAUAUGAAUUAUUUUAGUUUUUUUUUUGUUAUCACAGGUUACAAGCAAAUGCCAAAGUUGAUUUAAGCCAGUAGUCACAGUGCCAAGGUAAUUCUGUAGGUUAAAUUGCUGGUAAGAAAAGAAGUGCAGCUAUGAAUAUCCGUAGAACUCAGAUUAUUUUCAUAGAUGAAGUUAGAAGGACAUAACCUAGAGAGAGCUUGUAAAUAAGAGAUACACAUAGUUUGGAAGACAAAGAAAUCAGUUGUCUCUAGCAACGUAAAGUAGACAUCCACAGCAGCAGGUAGAGAUUUAGUUAAAAUUGCUGCAGCUAGAAUAGUCUAAUCUCAUUAUCAUUCUGUCACUUAGACACAUCCCCCAAUGUUGGAAGGAAGGUAGUAUAACCCAAAUGCAACUUAGAUACCAAAGGAUACAAGCCGGUUUGCCAUAGACUUCAACGUGUUCAGGCCGAAACGGAUUGCAUUUCUGUCAGUCACCCAUAGACUUUGUACAGGUUAAAACUUGGUCAUUGAUGUAUAGCAGGGAGAUGGAAAAUUUGAAGAACAAAAUUUUGUGAGAUCUUUAUGUGUUUGCAAUGAUCCUGCUGAUUUGGUUUGUUCAGAUAUUUUUGGACAGACGUUUUCAUACUGCGUAUCAUUGUAGGCGCUAUAAUUAUAAUCAAACUCCCCAUCUCUCUACUACACAAUUUUGCACCUAAUUCUGUAGAAUUGCUGGCCACAGAAAUGCAGUGCUUUUCCCACCAGACCAGUUGAAGAUGUGGCAAACAGACUUACGUAUGUAGAAGUAUAGGACUGUUUAUAAAGUAUCACACAUUACUGGUGGUGGUGUAUACUGUACGGUAGUUCAUAAUUUGUCAUUGGUUUUUAUGUUUUUGUGCAUUGGGUGUUAAUUGGACUGCCAGGCUGGCUAUUCAUAGUCACCAGGAAUAAUAGGCAACAGUAACAAUAAGUUAGUUGUUGGCUCAACUCCCUUUUUAGCAUACUGGAUACUCCAUGAUUAUAAAUACUAUAAGUAAUGGUAGUUGUCCCGAUAUAGCUAUGCAGUCUGAGAUCACCAUCUUAUGUCACUUGUAAAAAAUAUGUUAUUCAUUUUAUUUAUUUCACCUGUAAAUAUGUUUCAUGUAUCAAGUCCUUGCCAUGUUAACCCUUUCAUAUUUCUAACAAAGCUGUCAUUUUAUGUAGAGCUUGUAUGCAUCCGUUUUGUACUUUUCAGUGAGAGAUAAACACUCUACACCUGUAAACUAAUCGACAUUGCUUACUUGUGCAGUCACUUGCAACAAUGCUUUGUGCAGUGCAAAUAUCAGGCGUUACUGUCAUUAAAAUACAGAGUUUAAACGGGAAA